CACCUGGCUGACGUCACACGUAGAGUCCUCCUGUCCCUUUGCACCGCGCGCGCUGCACUGAGCCGCAGCAACAUAGAGAGCGUGAACUAACAGCAGACGGCUUCACCACUUCCUUAAACACCAUUUAAGCUUGUUUAGUCAAACUUCCAGCUAAACUGUGGUUCAAACGCUGAACAAACAACUUCUCGAGAAACGACACUUUCCAGCUCAGGGGACGAGGGGGUUUAGGUGAGAGGUCACCAUGGCACCCUUCCUCCGUAUCGCUUUCAAUGACUAUGAUGUGGGUGCUUUGUCUCCUCCGUCUGACCCUCCCAUUUGUGCAGUCAAGAUGAAGGAGUCUGUCAGCACAGAGCGAGGAAAGACCUUGGUCCAGAGGAAGCCCACCAUGUUUCCAGUCUGGAAGUCCGCUUUUGAUGCCCACAUCUAUGAGGGACGUGUCAUAGAAGUGGUCCUCAUGCAGAAUAAUGAGGAGCCAUUGGGUAAAGCCACAGUGGGUGUGUCUGUACUAGCAGAACGCUGUAAGAAGUCCAAAAACAACGGAUGUGUCGAGUUCUGGGUGGAUCUGCUUCCUUCAGGGAAGGUCCUCAUGUCUGUACAGUUCUUCCUGGAGGAUGUCGAUGCAGCGGCUUCUAAGCCAUCAGUAAAGGCUUGUCCUGAGGACGGAGUCAUGACCCUCAAGAGGAGGAGAGGAGCUUUCAGGCAACCCAAGGUUCACUUAAUCAAGAACCAUGAGUUCACUGCCACCUUCUUCGGCCAACCCACCUUUUGCUCGGUGUGCAGGGAGUUUGUCUGGGGACUCAACAAGCAAGGUUACAAGUGCAGACAAUGCAAUGCCGCAAUCCACAAGAGAUGCAUUGAAAAAAUCAUUGGCAGGUGCACCGGAACAGCUGAAAACAGUCGUGAAACUAUGUUCCAGAAAGAGCGUUUCAAGAUUGAUAUGCCUCAUCGCUUCAAGUCCUAUAACUACAAGAGCCCCACGUUCUGUGACCACUGUGGCAGUCUGCUGUGGGGUCUAUACAAACAGGGCCUUAAAUGUGAAGACUGCGCCAUGAACGUACACAGUUACUGUCAGGCAAAAGUGGCCAAUCUGUGUGGAAUCAACCAGAAAUUACUGGCCGAGGCUCUGUCACAAGUCACCCAGAAAUCUUCGAAGAAGUUGGAUAACUCCAAUGCAGCAGAUAUUGGGAUCUACCAAGAUGUCAGAAGUGCAACAGCAGACCCUGGUGCAGGUAACAAUAGUGAGGCACGUGAGGCCACAUCUGCAGCUCCUCGGGUACACCUCACAUUGAACCAUCUGGUGUUCCACAAAGUGCUGGGCAAAGGCAGCUUUGGCAAGGUGCUGCUGGCAGAGCUGAAGGGCAAGGGUCAGUACUUUGCCGUGAAGGUUCUGAAAAAGGAUGUAGUUCUCAUGGACGAUGAUGUGGACUGCACUAUGGUGGAGAAACGAGUCCUGUCCCUCGCCUGGGAGAACCCCUACCUCACACAGCUCUACUCUACAUUCCAGUCUAAAGAGCACCUCUUCUUUGUAAUGGAGUACUUGAAUGGCGGCGACUUGAUGUUCCACAUCCAAGACAAAGGCCGCUUCGAUCUCAAUAGAGCUGUAUUCUAUGCUGCUGAGAUAAUAGUGGGACUGCAGUUCCUCCACUCAAGAGGAAUUAUCUACAGAGAUCUGAAGCUGGACAAUGUGAUGCUGAACAAGGAUGGACACAUAAAGAUCGCAGACUUUGGCAUGUGUAAAGAGAACGUGUUUGGAGAGGCCAGAGCCACAACAUUUUGUGGGACACCAGACUAUAUUGCACCAGAGAUCCUGCUGGGACAGAAGUACACCUUCUCAGUGGACUGGUGGUCUUUUGGUGUGCUGGUGUAUGAGAUGCUGAUUGGCCAGUCUCCCUUCCAAGGUGAUGACGAGGAUGAACUGUUUGAAUCCAUUAAGUCAGACACUCCUCAUUACCCUCGGUGGAUCACUAAGGAGGCCAAGAACCUGCUUGAAAAGUUGUUCGAACGAGAUCCCACCCGCAGGUUGGGGGUGGUGGGAGACAUCCGUGCACACCCAUUCUUCAAAGCCAUGAACUGGCCAGCACUAGAGCAGAGAGAAGUGGAGCCCCCUUUCAAGCCCAAAGUGAAAUCAGCCAGUGACUGCAGCAACUUUGACCGAGAGUUCUUGAGUGAGAAGCCACGGCUCUCCCAUGGUGACAAAAACCUCAUUGACUCCAUGGACCAGGCCGCGUUUGCUGGAUUUUCCUUUGUCAACCCAAAACUGGAACAGAUGAUAAGUAAAUGAAGAGACAAAAUGAACAUGAUCCUAGGUCAGCACUUAAAAAUAGGUUUUUGUCCUAUUCUCUUUAUCUUCAUAAGGUCUAACUUCAACUGGAUGGAUAAAAGGAACAUAAAAAGAUUUGAGCUUGACUGUGACUUUUGCGUUUUUUUUUUAUCAGAGAAUGAAAUAAGAAAAUACCAGGAUGCCUGCUGGUGUCUAAAGCAGUAACCUGGUAUCAGCUGUCACACUGUAAUAUGAAAGAAUAUAAAGCUCCAGGAAAUUAAGGGAGAUUAUUAAGAAGCCAAUGUAACCAUAAUCAAUGCCAGUGAUUUCUUUGGUUGACAUAACUCUUUGUGAUCACACUGAAUCUGUACGAAUCAUUCACUGUACUGUAUAUUGAAAUUUCAAUUCAUAGGCAAAAUGGCACCCUUAUUUAGUUAAACAGAUAUAUACACCCAGCAUCACACAUGCAAUACCAGAGUUCAGUGGCACAUACAGGAUUCAUGCUCUCAAUUUGUGCCAGGACAUCCAGUCUGUGUGUGCUUAUGUGUUACCACAUGUAUACAGGUUUUCAUUGAUGGAAAUGGUGCUGCUCUACUCUAAACUAUGCUGUUUUUGAAUGAACCCUUGGUUGAUCCAGGCAUAGAAGAAUUCUACUAUAAUGGCGGGAGAGACCUUGAGGUGGUUGUGGAGGUGAAUAGUUUCCCCCUCUCUGACUUUUCUGUCCUAAGAAAGUCUUGAGUCUUGAGAUGAUCUAUUUUUUUAAAUUUAGGACAUAUUUCAACAUAGUUGUCUACAAAAUGCAAACAAUUGUUAAAUACUUUUCUGGGCUGUCAUCAGACUUACUGGAAAGAACUGCAGCAAUGAUAUGAUAUGUAUGGUACAUAUAAAUGUACUAUACCGGUACAUUUAUAUGUGUUGAAGAAUGUUAUUUUGCAUUGUAGGGAGGAGCAUUUCCCUGUAGACAUGGGUUUUUGAAGUAUGUUAUGUUACUUGAAUGUAGGAAUUUUUACAAUUUAAAAAAUUGUGCUGUAUAUGCAACAUUAAUAUGUAUGUCGCUAUGAGCUGUCUGUGAAUUGGGGUGUACUUUUUUACUCUU